AACCUCCAACUCCCAGGCUGAAGCUCGAGCUCUCUCUCUCUCUCUCUCAUCCUCCACCAUGAAGGUCUCCGCAGCUCUUCUGUGCCUGAUGCUCACAGUAGCCGCCUUCAGCACCCACGUGCUUGCUCAGCCAGAUGCAGUUAAUUCCCCAGUCACCUGCUGCUAUACACUCACCAGCAGGAAGAUCCCCAUGAAAAGGCUGAUGAGCUAUAGGAGAGUCACCAGCAGCAAGUGUCCCAAAGAAGCUGUGAUCUUCACCACCGUACUGAACAAAGAGAUCUGUGCUGACCCCCUGCAGAAGUGGGUUGAGGACUACGUUGCCAAAAUGGACCAGAAAACUGAAGGGAACCGGAACCCGACUAGUCUAGGCACUGCAGCACCCGUGAACGCUAACUUCACCACCCCAGAACCUGUAGCUAACUUAUCUGCCACUAGCUCUCCCUCCACAAACCCUAACACUAGUAUAUGAACUUUGUUUAUUGGUAUGAAACACGAUGCCUUAAGUAAUGUUAAUCUUAUUUAAGUUAUUGAUGCUUUAAUUUUAUUUUCUGUGAGUAACGGUAUUUCUUUAGAUUCUGAAACUUGGACAUGUGGUUUUUCCUUUUGUGAACCCCAAUUCCUCACCUGGUAUGUUUGUGAAGGUCCUGGCAAAGAUCAUGAAUGCAAGAACAUGAUGUUUGAAAUCCCAAGGCAGUGUUAAAGAUAUUAUUAUGGAAAUUA